GACGACCAAACAUUACGAAGAAUUACCCGAAGAAAUACUCAAGGAGUUAAGAAUGGCCAAUGUAUUGCAAAGUGAUAAACCCACCACACCAGUGGCUGGGACGUCAUACAAGCCUGCAGUCAAACAUUGGUUCUACAAGCGUACCAUCGAUGCCAAACAAGUUUGGGUACCAUUCAGUCAUUACGAUUCGGCGUUGUUGGAGACCAGUCUUCUAAUGGAGGGAGAAGAUAAACCCGAAGUUGUUGCCGUUGAAGGUGGCCGCUAUGAUGUCUACAUUAAAGAGCGCAUCAAACGUAGUGUCUAUUGGGAAAGUGAACCAAUUGAAGUGAGACGUUGUUCGUGGUUUUACAAGGCAGUCGAUUCCAAAUAUAUACCCUACGAAGAAAGUACAGCCGAUGUUUUGGAAGCGGAAUAUAAACAGGCUGCCGAAAGUGGUGUUUGGCACAAGACCAUUAUAUUGGGUAUGGGAGAACAGGUGGUCUUCCAUGGCCCCACAGUUAUUGUACACUUCCAGCAGCAACAAAAUCAAGAUGCCUGGGGUGGUACCACGCAAACCACCACCAGACCCCGUGUGGUUAAACGUGAUCUAGAUGAUUUCACCAUUGCCCAAGGUGAAUCCCAAAAGGUCGAUCAUUUACUCUUUAUGGUACAUGGUAUUGGUUCGGCAUGCGAUUUGAAGCUGAGAUCUGUUGAAGAAGUUGUUGAAGAUUUCCGCACCAUUGCCCACCAAUUGGUACAAUCACAUUAUAAAAAUUCCGCCGAUUUGGGUUUGGUGGGUCGCGUUGAAGUCCUACCCAUUUCAUGGCACAGUCAUCUGCACUCCAUCGAAUUGGGUAUUGAUGAGAAAUUACGUUCCAUAACCUUGGAAUCGAUCCCAAAACUGCGUAACUUCACCAAUGACACUCUAUUGGAUAUACUAUUCUAUACCAGCCCUACAUUCUGUCAACGGAUUAUGAAUUCAAUUGUAAUGUCUUUGAAUGAUAUCUAUAUGAAAUAUCGUCAACGUCAUCCCGAUUUUAAUGGUGGCGUUUCUUUGGCUGGCCACAGUUUGGGUUCAUUAAUACUUUUCGAUUUACUUUGCCAUCAAAAUCCCAUCAAAGAAAGUGAGGAGAAGAAUCUCGAAAAUCCCGAUCAACAAUUUCUAAGUCAAAACAAUAUGGCGGGAGCGGCGGCGGAUAGUAACAAUCAAUUGGAAGCCAAAUCGAUAAGUUAUACCAUGGGUCCAGCCGGUACUGGACAACCGUUUAUCAACUAUGGCCAAUUGAUCUUUCAGCCGAAGAAAUUCUUUGCCCUGGGAUCACCAAUUGGUAUGUUCGUCACCAUUCGUGGCAUUGAUAAGCUUGGCCUUGACUUCCGCCUACCCACAUGCCCUGGUUUUUAUAACAUUUUCCAUCCAUAUGAUCCGGUUGCCUAUCGCAUAGAAGCCUUGGUUAAUCCUGAUUUAAGUGGUGUACGUCCUGUCCUCAUUCCCCAUCACAAGGGUCGCAAACGUAUGCAUUUGGAAUUGAAGGAGACAAUGGCUCGUGUCAGCACCGAUUUGAAACAUCGUUUCUUGGAUAAAUUCAAGAAUACCUUGGAUAGUGUUAACUUCUUUGGUCCCUUGGCACCGAAAUCGAAAAAGGAGACAGAGGAAAUGAUGGAAAAGGAAGUGCAAAAGGUCAUUGAAAUGCAAAUGCAAAUGGAACGUCAAGGCAGUGGUGGCAGCCAACAACAAUCGCAAUCACAAACACCCAAUCAGGAACAUCUGUCGCCGGGUGAUGAACAACAAACUAACAGCAGCAGUAGCCAACAUUUGCCAUUGCCACAACGUACACGUACCGAUUCGGUAUCCACUGCCGUAUCAGAUGAUAUGGUUGAAAUAGAUUUCCCUCUGGGUAAAUUAAAUGAUUCCAAACGCAUUGACUAUGUACUGCAAGAGGCACCCUUGGAAUUUAUAAACGAGUACAUAUUUGCAUUGAGUAGUCAUGUGUGUUAUUGGGAUUCUGAGGAUACCAUACUGUUUGUUAUGAAGGAAAUCUAUUCUGGCCUUGGCAUCAGUCCCGAUAGCCAGGUGCCCCAGCAAACGAUGACAAUUGAACGUCCUAGUUCUCGUAAUAGUUUAUCACAAUCAUAGAUUUGAAUAUUUGGAAUUUUCUCUU